UUCAUUGGUCUGCUAGAAGAUCACCCUAAGCUACUAUUAACUAGAGUAAGUGUGACGUAUCGAGGGAAGAAUCUGUACAUGCAAGCACCACCAGUACUGGAAGAGAUGACUCGAUCGAAUUUGGAUUUACCAUUGUUUGAGCUUAUGAGCAGAACUCCAAGGGACAUUGUUCAUGUUACUGGUACAGCCGGAAAAGGAGAUACAAAGCAAUCAUGUUCAAGGAAAUUACGUGUUGUUUUCAAGGGAAUUGAUGGAGUUACAGAUAUGGACAUGGCUGGUGGAGCUUAAUUUUCAGUUAUCCAUUAGCCUUUUACUUGUUUCUGGUAAGCCUACUUCUUCUUUCCUUCCUCUAAUUUUUCUCUAGUUCAACGCAUGAGCAAAAUGCAGUAACUGACGAGGUUGAUAGGGAAUACCUCCAUUUUUGUAACUCUUUCUUAUCAUGUGGACGUAAAAAUUGGUGAAUUAUCACCAACAUGUGAAAUGAAAUGAGAGAGUUCUACAAUUCGUAAUCUUUACUUGAAAUUUGUCAAAAUACUUUAACUUCAGAUCAAUAUGAUACUAAUUUUCUUCA